AUGAAGUUCAGUCUCCCCAUUAUCGUGAGCAUCCUCGCCGCCACCGGGUUUGCCGAGGAAGAGAAGCGAGCGCCCGCCCCCAUGACCUUUUACUCUGAGACACAGGGUACAGGCGCUUCUGUUAAGGUCAACGUUAUUCUCAACAGUUGCCGACGUAUGCCCGCUGGCUGGAACAACCGAGCCUCCUCCGUCUACAAGCCAAGGGGAUAUCGGUGCACAUUCUACGAUGGUCCCAACUGCGGCGCUAGUUCUCAGAGCAUGGCAGCCAAUCGGGAGCUGUAUUGCAGUUUCGGCUCGUUGAACAAAAAGGUCGGCAGCUAUCUCUGCAAGUAA